AUGAGACUAAUACUAUCGCUUAUUCUCGCCCUCGCUGGAUCUGCCGCCGCCCAGUUCCAAUUCUUCGAGCAGUUUUUCCAGGGUGGGCAGCAGGCUCAGGCUAGUACACAAGAGAAGCAGAACGUCCCCAGCGAUUCUAGCUGGUAUCGUCAAAACUGGGAAGGAGCAACCUGCUCCAACUAUCUCUGCCCCGACACACUUGCUUGCGUUCAUUUUCCACACCACUGUCCCUGUCCUCAUCAGGACGUGGAGGACAAGGUUGAACUAGGUGAAGGAAUCGCCGUCUGUGCGAGCAAGGGAGGUUACAAGGCCGGCGAGGCUGCACGUAAGAUCGAGUUGGCGAGAAAAGCACUUAUUUGA